CCCACUGUUUCUGGCAUGGCUGAUGAAAUGGCUGAAACUGCUGCAGCUGCAUCUUUACUCAACGAUGGUAUUGCUACAUUAGAUAGGCUGUGCUUGCCUGACCAUACUGUUGGAAUGCCUUCACCCCCUGAUGCUGCUAUGACUGAUCAUUUGCCAGCGUCCACUGGUAUUACUGACCAGCUACCAUCAACCAUUGGCGUUCUUGAUCAAUUGUCAUCUCCCGCUGAUACUGCGGCUAGUCAGUUGCAGCAGUCAGUUGCUGACAUUGUCAGUGUUGCUGGUGGGUUGUCGUCUCUUGUUGACGAGUUAGUUCAAUCACCAUCAACUGCCAGUCAGUUAUCAUCACCUGCUGAUGGUGGUGAAGAGUCCCUGUUGCCCACCAAUGCUACUGGCCAACCACCGUUGCCCACUGACUGUAUUGAUCAGUCACCUCCUAUUGAUACUGAUGGUCAGUUGCCAUCAUCCACUGAUCCUGCCAGUGUUACUGGUCAGUUGACAACUCUUGUUGAUGAAUUCAAUCAGUCACCAUUGUCAACUGACAUUGCCAGUUAUUUGCAGUCACCCACUGACAGUGAUGCUGCUAGCCAGCCACUGUUGCCCACCAAUGCUACUUGCCAACCACUGUUGCCCGCUGAUGGUAUUGAUCAGUCAACUGAUACUGAUGUUGAUCAGUUGUCAUCUUCCACUGAUGUUGCCAGUCAGUUGCAGUCACCCACCGACAGCGAUUCUGCUGGCCAACCACCGUUGCCCGCUGAUGGUAUUGAUCAGUCAACUGAUACUGAUGUUGAUCAGUUGCCAUCAUCCACUGAUGCCAGUCAUUUGCAGUCACCCACUGACACCGAUGCUGCUAGCCAGCCACUGAUGCCCACCAAUGCUGCUGGCCAACCACCAUUGCCCGCUGAUGGUAUUGAUCAGUCAACUGAUACUGAUGUUGAUCAGUUGCCAUCUUCCACUGAUGUUGCCAGUCAUUUGCAGUCACCCACCGACAGCGAUGCUGCUAGCCAGCCACUGUUGUCCACCUGUGCUACUAGCCAACCACCGUUGCCCACUGACAUUAUUGCUCAGUCAACUGAUGCUGAUGUCGAUCAGUUGCCAUCAUCCACUGAUCCUGCCAGUGUUACUGGUCAGUUGACAUCUCAUGUUGAUGAAUUCAAUCAGACACCAUUGUCAACUGAUGUUCCCAGUCAGUUGCAGUCACCCCCCGACACCGAUGCUGCUCGCCAGCCACUGUUGCCCGCUGAUGGUAUUGAUCGGUCAACUAAUACUGAUGUUGAUCAGUUGCCAUCAUCCACUGAUGUUGCCAGUCAUUUGCAGUCACCCCCCGACACCGAUGCUGCUCGCCAGCCACUGUUGCCUGCUGAUGGUAUUGAUCGGUCAACUGAUACUGAUGUUGAUCAGUUGCCAUCAUCCACUGAUGUUGCCAGUCAUUUGCAGUCACCCACCGACACCGAUGCUGCUCGCCAGCCACUGUUGCCCGCUGAUGGUAUUGAUCGGUCAACUGAUACUGAUGUUGAUCAGUUGCCAUCAUCCACUGAUGUUGCCAGUCAUUUGCAGUCACCCACCGACAUCGAUGCUGCUCGCCAGCCACUGUUGCCCGCUGAUGGUAUUGAUCAGUCAACUGAUACUGUUGUUGAUCAGCUGCCAUCAUCCACUGAUGCCAGUCAUUUGCAGUCACCCACCGACAGCGAUGCUGCUCGCCAGCCACUGUUGCCCACUGGUGCUGCUGGCCAGCCACCAUUGCCCACUGAUACUGCCAAUCAGUUGCCAAUAUCUGCUGAUGCUGCCUGUGUUAGUGGUCAUUUUCCAUAUCUCAAUCAGUCACCAUUGCCAGCUGAUGUUGCCAGUCAUUUGCCACCCACUGACUCUAAUGCUAUUGGUCAGUUGCUAGAGUCUGCUGAUCAGUUGCUGUUGCCCACUAACACCGAAGUGGCUGGUCAGCAGCUGCAAUCUACUGACUCUGCCAGUCAUUUGCUGUCAUCUGCUGGUCUGCUGUCACCUGUCUCCAAUUCUGCCACCCUGACUUUGCCUAUUGAUACUGUUGUUUCCUCUAGACAGUCUUCAGCUCAAACUGUGACAGAUGUUAUGGAUACUGCACAGUUGUCUACCAAUUUCAUUGUUUCCCAUGCUACUGGUGGGCUACUUUCAGCAGAUGUCCCUUCCGUUUCCUCCACUGAUACCACUGACCUAUCAGUGUCAGUUAAUUCUCUGGAUGUUGCAAUAGAUACAUUAUUGGCCAAUCCUUUAGAUGCCCCUCUGGCAACGGAGGUUCAAGGUGCAAUGCCUACAUGCAUUACUGAGCCAUCUUCAGUUGUCAGUGCAACCACUGAGCCUCCUCUGUCCUCUCUCCCUGUAAUUGAUGGUUUUUCUGUGCCCCUCAAAACACAUUCUGCUGACAAAUCACCUAUGCCAGCUUUUGAUCAGGCAUUGACUGUAGUCUCGCCUUUUAAACUGCUUCAAUCUCCUGACCUGUCUAAUUCAGAGUUACAACCCCUUGUCGUUCAGUUAACCUCAUCUGACCAAAUUGCUCAGUGCACUGACUUGCUUCUGUCUGUUGAUCCUUCUGUUAAUGCACAGCUUCAGCCUCCCUUGCCUGCUCCUGAUCAUUCCCUUCAUGAAACACCUUCAUCCACUGAACUUUCUUUGUCAGAAUCUACAACACCUGUUACUGAUUUUCCAUCAUCUUUCACUCUUCCAUCUGCCUCUGUUCAACACUCUACCCCAUCACCUGGAUCAUCUUCAGCUGCUCAAAUUGAUGAUGAUGAGAUGCCACCAUUGAUUUCUGCCAUCGAUGAGACUCCCCUCUGUGAAGGUCCUCCCCCAUCUGUUAUUGAGAAGGCAAUUCCCAAGACUGCUUCAACUGGAAAGGAACCUGUGGUGAAGCAGAAUGAUGAGGGGUCUGGGACAGAGUCGGACAGCGAUGAGUCGGUACCAGAACUGGAGGAACAGGAUACAACGCAGUCAGCGACACAGCAAGCUCAGCUUGCAGCUGCAGCUGAAAUAGAUGAAGAACCAGUCAGCAAAGCAAAACAGAGCAGAAGUGAAAAGAAAGCACGGAAAGCAAUGUCAAAACUAGGGCUUCGCCAGGUUACUGGAGUAACCAGAGUCACGAUAAGAAAAUCUAAAAACAUUUUGUUUGUCAUCACAAAACCAGAUGUCUACAAGAGCCCGGCAUCAGAUACCUAUAUUGUUUUUGGCGAAGCGAAGAUUGAAGAUUUAUCUCAGCAAGCUCAAUUGGCUGCUGCAGAGAAAUUCAAGGUACAGGGAGAAUCUGUUGCCAAUAUCCAAGAAAACACACAGACUCCAACUGUACAAGAGGAAAGCGAAGAGGAGGAGGUUGAUGAGACUGGUGUGGAGGUUAAGGACAUAGAACUAGUUAUGUCCCAAGCCAACGUGUCGAGGGCCAAGGCUGUCCGAGCGUUGAAAAAUAACAACAAUGAUAUUGUAAAUGCUAUUAUGGAGUUGACGAUGUAAGCGUCAGAAAAUGCAGGAGUGGGUAACAGUCCCUUUUUGGUGCAGCUUCAGUACAUUUGUACCAUUUAUAUAGAUAAAUCUCAAAUAAAUGUGGCUUGAAAUAGUUAAAUUCA